ACUUCCUCUGUUUCAUCUCAUUCUCUCUGUUUUCCUCUGAAACCGAGAUUUGAGCCUAACACAACACACCAUUGCUUCCGAUCACUCUGCAACAACCACAACGCAAUUGGCUUCGGCUCCCAUGGCGGCUGGCCCAACAUCACCCUCCGAUCGACCCGCAAUGCUGCCUCUUCAACCUCCUCCCGUCCUCGUCUCUGACUCCUUCGCCAAGGACGCAAUCAUCGCCUGGUUCCGCGGUGAGUUCGCCGCCGCCAACGCCAUCAUCGAUGCCCUCUGCGCUCACCUUGCUUGCAUCGCCACCUCUCCUUCCGACUACGACGCUGUAUUCGCCGCCAUCCACCGCCGUAGACUCAACUGGAUCCCCGUCAUCCAGAUGCAGAAGUACCACUCCAUCGCCGACGUGACUCUCCAGCUCCGUCGACUCGCCGACGGAAAAGCGCCCAACGAUGAGAAACCGAUAAGCGACGAGAAAGCCACGUCGGCGGAAAGUGUUGGAAUUGGUGGUGAUGAACACGAGGAGUAUGAUUCCCCUGAGAGCGAGAUUACCGAUUCAGGAUCUCAAGAAAUGCAUGCUAGUUCCAUGAACAUUAAUAUAUGUUCCAAUCAUGAAGAGUGUGAAGGACGUUCUUCACAGUUUAAGUUAACCAAAGGUUUCACAGCAAAAGAGUCAGUGAAAGGACAUAUGGUGAAUGUUGUAAAAGGAUUGAAGUUAUAUGAUGACAUUUUCACUGAUUCUGAGCUGUGCAAGCUGACAGAUUUUGUGAAUGAGAUCCAUGCUGCUGGCCAGAAUGGGGAACUGUCGGGUGAAACUUUUAUACUAUUCAACAAGCAGAUGAAAGGGAACAAAAGAGAGCUGAUUCAGAUGGGUGUUCCAAUAUUUGGACAAAUAAAGGAGGACACAAAAAAGAGAUGCUCUUUUAAUUCAGUUUUUCAUUUUCGACUCUUGUUUACAGCCAAUAUAGAGCCUAUUCCAGCACUUCUACAGGGUGUCAUUGACCACCUUAUUCAAUGGCAAUUACUUCCAGAGUACAAAAGACCAAAUGGUUGUAUCAUCAACUUUUUUGAAGAGGGGGAGUUUUCUCAGCCAUUCCUGAAACCACCGCAUCUGGAUCAACCUGUGUCCACUCUACUUCUCUCUGAAUCAACUAUGGCUUUUGGGCGUAUACUUAUGAGUGAAAAUGAUGGGAACUACAAGGGGCCACUCAUGCUCUCUUUGAAGAAGGGGUCUCUUUUAGUGAUGAGAGGAAACAGUGCUGACAUGGCUAGACACGUAAUGUGUCCAUCCCCUAACAGAAGGGUCAGCAUAACCUUCUUUAGAGUGAGGCCAGACUCCAAUCAAUGCCAAUCACCGUCUCCUACAAUGACAAAUGCCAUUGCUAUGUGGCAACCUGGCAUUGCAGGCCCGUAUGGAUUGCCUAAUGGUGCUCUAAGUAGCUAUGAGGGUGUGGAUAUGAUGCCCAAAUGGGGAAUGCUUCGUGGCCCAAUGGUUAUGCUAGCCCCGUUUCGUCCUAUGACACUGGACCCCCGCAAACUUGCUGGUGGUGGGACUGGUGUUUUUCUACCCUGGAAUGUGCCAUCCAGAAAACCUGCAAAGCAUCUUCCCCCACGUGCCCAGAAAGGAAGGCUUCUGACAUUACCUUCCCCUGUUGAACCACAAAUGGCAGAGUCCACAUCCGAACCCAGCAUUUGUGUUGAAGGUUGAGAACAAGUUUAGUUAUGAAGCAGCCUUGGGUUCAGAGAAUGUGAAUCAAGAAAGGUGGCUUUCACGCCUCUGCUAUUUGCUCAGUACUGUGGAGCAUUUUAUUUUGUUGUACAAACAGGGCCCACCCCAGGUGCUGCUAGAGCAGUUUGGUUCAUUCCUUUUCUUUUAGUCACCCUUUUCCCACACCUUUUUCCCCAUUGGAUAGAAUAGAGUCUAGUGGUGUUCGGAACGGUUUUCCAUGUUCGCCAAUCACGGCAAGAGCUUUAGUAGAGUAGUCGAGCUUUCAAAUUUUAAGAGUGUGAAUUAUAUCUGACGGUAGCAUUUUGUAAGAACGAUACUUUAAGUUAAAUCAUCUUUUUAGACAAAUCAAACUGUCACCAGGAUGUCCAGUUACGAUCAUCUACUUAACUGGCCGUUCUUUUAUGUCUCUCUUGUGGGUAGUUUUUUUUUUUUUAAUUGUGGAGAUAUGUAGCUACU